AUGUCACAGGACGCCAAGCGAACUUGGAAAUGUCCAGAAUGUGUCAGCAGACUACCAAAGUCGGAUAACACAAAUACGCCUUUGCGGGCGCUGUCGUCGUCUGGCACGGCCGGGGGUGGGGCGGACGGAAGUGACACGGACGACCAAAUAAGCAAUGUUACCCUGCGCAAUAAAUCCAAAACAUCAGGGAUUCAGACCAGCGAUGGUGACCUACAUGCACAAAAAUAUGUUACGGAGGCAACCUUAAGAGCCGUGAUAAGACAGGAGCUCGCAAGUACUCUUAAGGCAUCCAUCAGCGAACAUCUCGCUGAUGAGAUCAGCGGUGUCAAGUUGCAGUUGAUUGAAUUUCAGAACUCUUUAACGUUUUUCAACAAAACGUUCGAGGACUUAAGAAAGGAAAAUAGUGAUCUUAGGAAAGCUCAAAGCAACAUCCUUACUGAACUGAAGGUCGUAAAGAGUGAAAAUUCUAGCCUCAAAAAGGACUUGGCGUCCUGUACUUCCCGCAUCAAACAUCUGGAAGAGGAAUGUUCCCGGCAACAGCAAUGGACGCGACUUCAGAAUAUAGAAUUGGUUGGUAUACCGGAAAAUAAAUUGGAGAACACCACUGAUGUAGCCACGAAAAUAUUCAAGCAUAUUGGUGUCAACAUUACCCCUGAUGACAUGGAGUUCGCUCAUCGUGUUCAACCUAGGCGUCCCGCGAGUGCUGGGCGUGGACGCGCUAUUAUAGUCAGACUAAAACAACGUGCAAUUAAAGACCAAAUAAUAGCUGCCGCUCGCAAGCGACGCACUAUCGUGGCCAAGGAUGUUGAGCUCGGGAAGGAUACUGACCUAAUUUAUGUAAAUGAACACCUUACUAGAGAGAAUAAGGGUCUCCUCGCAGCAUGCAAGCUAAAAGCCAAAGAAUCAGGCUUCAAGUAUAUCUGGACAAAAAACUGCAGGAUAUUCGCUCGAAGAAGCGAUUCAACCCCACCGAUAGUGAUAUCUUCGACUGCAGAUUUAGAGAAAAUCGCCUAG